UCCCCCCUCCCCUCAUUCUGCCCCUUACUAAAAUACCCUAUUGCCCCCUUGAGUGCCCCUUAUUGCCCCCAUGGAGCUGUGGUGGAUUUUCUGGCUCUCCCUGCUCUUUCUUCUCCCGCUCCUCCUCAUGGAAAUGAGCGAUUUCUUCAAAUUCCACGUUAAGAUCGCCUCGUAUUGUGCCCUCUGCCUCUUCCUAUCUGCCCUGGCAGCGCCCGUGUGCCUCCUCAAAAGCGGGGGCAGGAACGUCAAAAACAUGAGGGUGAUCAAGAGCUUUGUACGAACGAUGAAGUAUUUUUACGGGCUGCGCUUCGAAGUGAAAGGAUUGGAGAAUUUUAAUGUCGAGGGUCCUUGCGUCAUUAUAUCCAACCACCAGAGUGUCCUGGACAUGAUGGGUUUGAUGGAAAUCCUGCCGGACCGCUGCGUACAAAUUGCUAAAAAGGAACUACUCUAUGCGGGAUCCGUCGGCCUGAUCACCUACCUCGGUGGUGUCAUUUAUAUCAAUAGAAAACGCACAAGCGACGCUAAAAGCAUCAUGGCGUCCGUCGCACAAGAAAUGAUAGACGACAAUUUAAAAGUCUGGAUUUACCCCGAAGGGACGAGAAACAUCAGCGACGACUUGCUUCCGUUCAAGAAGGGAGCUUUCCACCUUGCGCUUCAGGCUCAGGUUCCUAUCAUCCCGGUCGUCUAUUCCUCUUUUUCGAGCUUUUACGACAAGCGGAAACUCCUAUUUACAGGAGGAACCAUCAAAGUUGAAAUCCUUCCAAAGAUUGAGAUAUCGGGGUUGACAGAAGCAGACAUCUCCGACCUGACGGAGAGCUGUUACCAAACCAUGAGACAAGUCUUCUUCAGGCUGUCGGACAAACCCAUGAAGUGUAAUGGACCGUCAGCUCACUAAGGAACUCAAGCUACCAAAGGCUUGAAGUUGCCGAUCUUGUUUCCCGAAUGGACAAGCUUUUUGGAUUCUUCCAAAAAAAAAAAAAAGAUAAAAAAUUGCCAAUUCAAGUGCCGCACACUGUGUUUUAAAUAUUUAAUGGAAGCGCAAGUUGGUUUAGAACUUGCCAAAAAAAAAGAAACAUUAUAGCCUAUUUUUGCUAUCCUGGUAAAUAAUUUGAAAUGUGUACAAAAAAUAA